AUGUCGCUAAUUUCUCUUCCGGUAGAGCUGGUUCAGCUCAUCGCGUCAUUCCUCGAGAGAGAAGCCGAUAUCAAGUCCUUAGCCCAAACUAACAGAUUGAACUACGCCUGGCUGAAUGCAUUCCUCUACCAGCGCAAUGUGCAAGUUUCGGAAAGCUCAGCUCCCAUCUGGGCGGCUCAAUAUAGGCAGAAGACCACGGCACACCUCAGUCUCCGUCACGGAGCCAAUAUGGCUGCGAUGGGCAGCUGGGGUCUGACACCGCUAUGCUGGGCAGCGCAUAAAGGAGAUGUACCGAUGGCCGUGCUCUUAUUGCAGAAUGGGGGAGAGAAUAUCAAUGCAAGAAGCUCAGAUUCUCGCCGAUGGACUCCGCUGUCGUUCGCGGCCGCUAAAGGGAGUGAAGACAUGGUGAGAUUGUUACUUGCGGAUGAAAGGGUGGAUGUGGAGACGAAAGACUCCGCAGGUCUAUCACCUUCAUUUGUGGCGGCAUCUAAAGGACAUUUGGCAGUCGUGAAGCUACUGCUUGAGACUGGCCAGGUGAAUGCGAACUCAGAAGGUCCGCAUAGCCGUACUCUAUUCUCCUGGGCGGCCGGAAAGGGUCAUGCGGUUGUGGUGGCGAUGCUGCUGGCAACUGGCUCUGUUGAGGUCAAUUCCCGCGACCGCCAGUUCGGUCGGACAGCACUUGCAUGGGCCUCACUUUAUAGGCAGGAGACUGUUGUACCGCUACUAGUUGGAACGAAACAGAUUGACUUGAACGCCAGAGACUGCACUGACCGCACCCUGUUGCAUUUGGCUGCGUGGAAAGGACAUGCCGCCGUGGUAGAAUUAUUGCUUCAGUCCAGCCGCGUCGGUGUCCAGCCGAAAGACUCCAAAGCAUAA